AUGGCGAUGCUGAAGAAGAACACGAGCGCCCUGUCCUGCUUCGUGGCCGCCCUCAUGGUGGUCAUGGCUGCCACCCUUCUUCUCUCCUCAUGCCGUGCCCACGAAAAGAUGGAUAAACCCCGUGCUUUUCCCCUGCCGGCUUCGUGCUACUCCAAACACUUCCCAAACUGCAUCGACGAGCGGUGCAAGAAGUUUUGCGGCGGCGGCGACAUGCCGCUGAUCCCCGGGGCUUUCUGCAAUGACGACAACAACUGUUGUUGUCCCAUUUAG